AUAAUAACAACAUUUAAAACAUUAAACCCCCAUGGACAACAGCGGUGGCCGUGGAAAGGAUUACACGGAGGAUUCCGCCGCAGCUGGAGGCGGGAAAGAGAUCAUCCGUUACCGGGGAGUACGACGACGGCCGUGGGGUAAAUUCGCGGCGGAGAUACGUGACUCUAGAAGGCAAGGAGUGCGUAUUUGGUUGGGGACGUUCAACACCGCGGAGGAAGCCGCACGAGCUUACGAUCGGGCGGCUUACAACAUGAGGGGUCAUUUGGCGAUUUUGAACUUUCCGAGUGAAUACCCGCCGAGGAGCUCCGGCGGUGGAGGCGGAGGCGGAUUUUGUUCUUCAUCUUCUUCAAGGUCAAUGCAGCAAGAUGAAGUGAUUGAAUUUGAGUAUUUGGACGAUAAAGUGCUGGAGGAUCUUCUUGAGUAUGGAGAAGAAAGUGAAAAGAGAAGCUAAGUCGGUGGCCGGAAAGAUAAUGGAAGGUGAAGGUCGUUAUCAACAAAUUACCAUCUCUUUCCACUUAUGUUUAUCCUUUUUUUAAAAUUACUUCAACAAUGUUGGGAAGAGAAGACACGAG